AAUAAUUUGAUGAUAUUGGCAAUGAACAAUAAAGUCGUCUUCUCGGAAACGAAGGCGCGCUAGCGUCCGCGAGCUGCCGUUCUCCCAAUCCUCUUCAUUCACUGCCGGCGCCGAUCACCGAACCGCUAGACGAUCCCAUACCACCGGAAAAUGGAACUGAAGCCCGGCUUGUCAGCCUUGGUCACCGGCGGAGGCUCUGGAAUCGGAAAGGCUCUUGCACUUGCGCUUGCUAAGAAGGGGAUAUUCGUGACGGUUGUUGAUUUCUCUGAAGAGAGGGGAAGGGAGGUGGAAUACCUCAUCAAAGAGGAGAAUUCGAAGUUCCAUCCGAACUUGGGAUUCCCAUCUGCUGUCUUUGUGCGAUGCGACGUUAGCAACUCAAAGGACUUGGUUAAUGCCUUUGAGAAGCAUGUAGCGACAUAUGGGGGACUGGAUAUUUGUAUCAACAGUGCUGGUAUCAGCAAUCCGAUAGUAUUCCAGAAGGAUCAGACUGAUGGCACUCACUCUUGGCGGCACACUGUUAAUGUGAAUUUAGUUGCAGUUAUUCAUUCCACCCGACUUGCGAUUAAGGCCAUGGAAGCAGCAGGAAAACCAGGUGUCAUCAUUAACCUUGGUUCCGCAUCAGGGCUUUAUCCAAUGAUUAAUGAUCCCAUCUACUCGGCUUCGAAAGGUGGUGUUGUCAUGUUUACCAGAUCACUCGUACCAUAUAAACGUAGAGGAAUACGCAUCAAUGUGCUCUGCCCUGAGUUUGUUCGAACGGAUAUGGGUUUAAAAGUGGAUUCCAAAAUGGUUGACAUCGUGGGAGGCUUUGUUCCAAUCGAUGUGGUCAUCAAAGGGGCAUUUGAACUUAUCACAGAUGAAAGUAAAGCUGGCUCUUGUUUAUGGAUUACAAACAGAAGAGGCAUGGAGUAUUGGCCCAAUGCCAUGGAAGAAACAAAAUACAUGGUGCUUUCUUCAAAUUCCCGGAGAAGAUCACUAAAUAAAGAUAAAUUAAACUUACAACUUCCUCAGCAUUUUGAGAAGAUAGUUGUUCACACCUUGACUCACAAUUUUCGUAAUGCUACCCGGAUUGUACAAGUGCCACUGAGGUUACCAAUUGACCCACAUCAUGCUGUUGUGAAAAUUUUAUAUGCUGGUGUAAAUGCUAGCGACGUCAAUUUCAGCUCUGGGCGUUAUUUUUCUGGUGGAAAUGGAGAUGUUGCCUCCCGUCUUCCAUUUGAUGCUGGCUUUGAGGCUGUGGGAAUAAUUGCUGCAGUGGGAGAUUCUGUCAAAGACUUGAGUGUUGGAACUCCUGCAGCCCUCAUGACUUAUGGAGGUUACUCAGAAUUUGUGACGGUCAACGCAAAACACAUUCUUCCUGUACCUAAGCCAGACCCAGAAGUUGUUGCCAUGCUUACUUCGGGACUUACUGCAUCUAUUGCUCUAGAGAAGGCAGGACAAAUGGAAUCUGGGAAAGUAGUUCUUGUCACUGCUGCUGCUGGAGGGACCGGACAAUUUGCUGUUCAGCUUGCUAAAUUAGCUGGAAAUACCGUGGUUGCAACCUGUGGAGGUCAAGAGAAGGCCAAACUUUUGCAAGAUUUGGGUGUCGAUCGUGUGAUUGACUACAAAGCUGAAGAUAUCAAAACUGUCCUCAAGAAGGAAUUUCCCAAAGGCAUCGACAUUAUUUAUGAAUCAGUUGGUGGUCAAAUGCUGGACAUGUGCUUAAAUUCUUUGGCCAUCCAUGGACGAUUGAUUAUAAUUGGCAUGAUUUCUCAGUAUCAAGGAGAGCAGGGAUGGAAGCCAGCGACUUACCCGGGCCUUUGCGAGAAACUUUUAGCAAAAAGUCAGACUGUGUCUGGUUUUUUCCUGAUACAAUAUGCCCAGUUGUGGCAACAACAUCUGGACCGACUGUUUCGCCUUUACUCCAAAGGAAAGCUGAAGGUGGCCCUAGACCCAAGAAAAUUUGUGGGUCUGAACUCUGUUGCAGAUGCAGUUGAACAUCUCCAUUCGGGUAAAAGCGUUGGCAAGGUGGUGGUUUGUAUAGACCCGACUCUUAGCCAGCAAGUGGCUAGAUUGUGAGCUAUCUCCCUCCUUUAUCGCCCAGCGAUAUACUUUGCUCUUUAUUUCAAGGAGGUCCGAGCAUCAGCUUCCCAUUCUUUAAUGUGUGCUUAAGGCUGUGUUGUAAGAUUCUCGUCUGUGGAGGGAAGAUCCAAUGGGAUUUGCGGAGGGACUGGGAGCUGAUGCGAGGCCUCUCAUUCCGCACUUUGACUAAAAUAAAGUUUUGAUGUACACCGUUACUCAAAUCAACAGAUAUUCUAUACCUCAUACAAUGAUCAUAGGCAAGAAAUAAUACUUUGGAUUGUGAAGAAAACUGAAAAGAAUACGUUCCUUUGAUCCCAUGGAACUCAUAUUUGAUGUAAAACCGCACGUAUAAUUAAUGGCUAGUGUAGAGCAUUCCGUUUCUCAUUUUUACA